AAAAUAGAAGUAAGAACCAAUUUUCCAUUGUACAAAAAUAAGAUUCUCACUAGUAUUAGCUUAUACUAGUUAUGAGUUGCAAAAGAAUGUGGCAGCCCUUCUUAAUAAUCUUCAUUCUGACACCUCUUUUCGACUCGGGAGUACUCGCCCAAUACGAAGUAUUCGUUUGUUCAAACAAUGGGAACUACUCAAGCGAAAGCUUAUACAGAUCCGAUCUUAACGGCGUUCUCCGUUCUCUCUCCUCAAAAAUCGACAACACCGGUUUCUACAGCACCUCAGAUGGUGAAGCCAGCGUAAUUGCGUUGUGCCGAGCAGACGUUGAGCUCAACGCCUGCCAAGGCUGCGUCAAUAUAAUCGCGGGUGAGAUAUUAACUAGAUGCCCGAACCAAUACCAGGCAAUUAUGUGGUCCCAAUACUGUAUGGUUCGGUACUCGAACGAGACGAUAUUGGGAAAUCUUGCGAUGCGUCCCGGAAGGAUUUUGUAUAAUAUGGCUAAUUCCACAAGUCCCGACAGGUUUAAGGUGGUCCGGGAUGAAUUGAUGGACGACGUUCGGGCGCAGGCGGCACGCGGCGGCUCUCUGCAGAAGGCGGCCGUGGGGAAUCGGACGGGCCCCGAUAAUCAGGUGAUUUUUGCAAUGUUGCAGUGCACGCCGGAUUUGUCGCCGGAGAAUUGCACCAGCUGCUUGGUCCAGGCGGCGGGGUAUAUUCCGGGAUAUAUUGAUGAUGCCAUUGGGGUCAGGGUCUACACGCCCAGCUGCAUUUAUCGUUAUGAAACGUCGCCGUUUUAUAAUAUUACAAGGCUUCAAGAAUCACUAGCGGUGCCGCCAUCUUUAACGCCGCCGCCUAUGGUACCUCCGCCUCCACCACCACCACCACCACCACCACCACCACGAGCAGGUAAAGUUAAAGGCAAAAGAACUCGGAGCAUUAUCAUCAUUGUUGUUUCGGUUGUCGCUUUUCUAGUAUUGGUUCUUGGUUUUGGCAUCUUUGCCAGGACGAGAACAAAGCAGAAGACAAUGGAGAUCGAUCCCAACAUUUCAGGUGAGAUCAGUUCCGUUGAAUCUAUACAAUAUGAUUUUAGUAAAAUUAGAGUUGCAACAAAUGAUUUCUCCGAUGAUAACAAGCUCGGCCAAGGUGGUUUCGGAGCAGUUUAUAAGGGAAAACUAGUAAAUGGGCAAGAAAUAGCGGUGAAAAGAUUGUCGAGGGAGUCGGGUCAAGGUGUUAUGGAAUUCAAGAAUGAGGUCUUGUUACUAGCCAAGCUUCAACACAGGAAUUUGGUUAGGCUUUUGGGUUUCUCCAUUGAAGGAAUUGAACGCCUUCUCGUAUACGAGUUUGUACCGAAUGGAAGUCUAGACCAAAUCUUAUUUGAUCGGACUAAAUCUUCGAAAUUGGACUGGGAUAGUCGUUAUAGAAGCAUAGUCGGUAUUGCUAAGGGAGUUCUAUAUUUGCAUGAAGAUUCCAGGCUCAUGAUUAUUCAUCGUGAUCUCAAGGCGAGCAACGUCCUCCUUGAUGAAAAUAUGAAUCCUAAAAUCGCAGAUUUCGGUAUGGCAAAAUUAGUUGUGGCUGACGCAACUAUUGAAAGUACAAACAGAAUCGUUGGAACCUAUGGAUAUAUGGCACCAGAAUAUGCAAGUCACGGCCACUUCUCGGUCAAGUCAGACGUAUUUAGCUUCGGUGUCAUAGUCCUGGAGAUCAUAACUGGUCAGAGAAAGAUAUUUACCCAAAAUGGAGAAAACUUAGGAGAUCUUCUGAGUCAUGCUUGGAGAAGUUGGCACGAGGGAAGGACUACGAAUAUGAUCAACCCGGUUUUGAGGGAAACUUGUGGUGCCCAACCAGAUAUGAUGAGAUGUAUUCACAUUGCUUUGUUGUGCGUUCAACAAAAUGCAGCCGAUAGACCAACAAUGGCUUCAGUUGUUGUAAUGCUCAAUAGUUCCACUAUAACGCUACCGAUUCCAAAGGAGCCCGGAUUUUACUUUUCAGGAGCGUCAUUCCCUCACGAUGAGUUUAACUCAAAUCAAUUCGAGUCCGGAACUCCGUCACAAAGCCUAUUAACUCAAUCUGCUGAAUUUUCCAACGCAUCGUCUAUGAGCGACUUGUAUCCACGGUAGUAUGAAGAGAGUAAGUAUUUAAUUCAUCAUUGUUGUAUGUGUAGGAUGUUAUUUUUUUAUUUUUCAUUUUCUAUUUGUGUGCAUGAUGUUAUAAUUUAUAAGCUAGCUCAAAUGCAUAUGUGGAUGCUGUGACUUGUUGAGCUAGUUAUUUUUUCAUAUAUGAGUUUUACGUGUGCUCUAGCCGGUGCAAAA